AUGAGAUCGGCGGAUCGAUCUCGACAGCACUUCAGAAAUCAUCCUAAUCAAGUGGCACACCAAAAAGAUUGUAUGCUUGAUCAGGUGCGGAGCCGAUGGCAAACGUUCGGAAACCGUAUUCCCGUAGUUGGCGUUGAUCGAGAAUCAGGCGACCAUCGAAAAUUGACGCCGGGUGUUUCAUGGUUUUGUAGAUUCGUUCAUAGUCCAGAGCCUGAAGCGGGCUAUUAA